AUGGCGGACGACAUCAAACCCGGCUCUGAAGCACUGCAGCUCGAGAAGCCCACUAUCGAGACGAUGGAGGGCUCUCAUCCUGCGUCUAGGAUGGACCCAGCACGGCGUGCUGUGGUAGAGAAGAGCAUGAAGCGCAAGCUCGACGCCCGCUGCUCGCUCUUCGUCUUAAUCUACAUCAUGAACUACCUCGAUCGGAACAACAUGGCCGCUGCCCGUCUCAAGGGUCUCCAAGAAGACCUCGACAUGAACUACAGCGAAUACGCCACCUGCCUGAGCAUUUUGUACGUCGGCUACAUUCUCAUGCAGGUUCCGUCCAACAUCUUCAUCAACCGCAUUCAGCGACCCUCGCUCUACAUCUCAGCUGUUAUGCUAGUGUGGGGUCUUAUCUCAACCUUGUCAGGUGUCGUCAAAAACUUUGGUGGAAUGGUCGCAGUCCGUUUCUUCCUGGGAUUCGUGGAAGCUGCCUUUUUGCCGGGAGCCCUUAUGAUCCUGUCCAAGUGGUACACCCGCAGGGAACUCACCAAGCGGAACGCGAUCCUGUUCUGUGGAAACCUCAUCUCGAACGCUUUCUCUGCCCUGGUCGCAGCGGGAGUUCUCUCCAAUAUGCAGGGCACCCUUGGCCAUCCCGCAUGGCGCUGGCUUUUCUGGAUCGAGGGCGCGGCCACAAUGUUCAUCGCCAUCCUCGCCGGAGUCAUCCUCCCCGAUCUGCCUACCAACACCCGCGGCUUCACCCAGGAAGAGCUUGAAGUCGCCCAGCUCCGAAUGACCGAGGAUGUCGGCGAGGCGGACGUUGACGCUGAGGGCUCGGGGCCCUGGGAUGGUUUCUUCAUGGCCAUCAAGGACCCCAAGAUGUACAUCAUGAUGUUCACCCUGACAGCCUACGUGGUUGGCUUGUCGUUCAACGCUUUCUUCCCCUCUCUCACCGAAACCCUCGGCUUCGGCUACGUCCCGACCCUGCUCAUGAGCGCUCCCCCAUGGGUCUUCUCCUGCAUAUUCUCUCUGUGCGUCGCCUGGAGCUCCGACCGAUACCAGGAGAAGUUCUGGCACAUCGUAAUCCCCAUGCUUGUCGGCCUAAUCGGCUUCAUAAUCUGCAUGUCCACACUCCAAACCGCCGCCCGCUACGUCGCGCUCUUCCUGCAAGCCGGGUCCUACGCCGGCUUCAUCGUCUUCUACUCCUGGAUCAGCACGUCGUUCCCGCGUCCCCCGGCCAAGCGCGCCGUCGCAAUCGCCAUGGUCAACGCGUUCAGUCAGCUUGGUAACGUUGCCGGCUCGUAUGUCUGGGACCUGGAGGAGAAUGGGUACCGCAAGAGCUAUGGGAUUGUUACGGCGAUGUUUGGCGUUGCGAUUGUGGGCUGUGCGAUCUUUAAGAUUGUGCUGGAGCGCCUGAAUAGGAGGCUUGCUGAGGCGGAGGUUGCGGAGGAGGCGCAGGGCGCGAGUGCGGGGGCUGGGGCUGGCGAGGAUGUUGAUGAGAGUUUGAGGAUGCAUAAGGGGUUCCGGUACCUGGUUUAG